GUGUCUUUAACGCUGGAGUGGAGGACUUAACUUUCAGCACGCAAACAUGAGAGCCCUGCAUUCGCUCGCAGUCGGUGCCUUCCUGACCCUUCUGCUCUCCCUCCCCAGCCCCGGUCGUGGAGAAUCUUUCUUUGGGGACAGCUACUGCAGUUUACAGGCCGUCCAGGAUGUUUCCACUUUCCAGCUGUCACUACAGAUCAAGACGAGUCGACGGAGUGGGCUGCUGCUACUGGCUGCAGGGAUGGAGGACUACCUGUUUCUUGAGCUACAAAACAGGAGGAUACAGGCACGGAUGAACAUGGGUGCUGGCGAGGUGACACUGACCUCAUCCCAAGCAGUACAACUAAACAAUCUUGUGGAACACAAAGUCUCCCUCUCACUCCAAGAUGGCAAGCUCAUCAUGACGAUAGAUGAACUCUACCCAACAUACGUACCAGUGGACGACAACGGGGAACAGCUCAAUAUCGACCAGGGCAUCUGGCUCGGAGGAACGGGAGACCUGGAAGCUUCCUACCUCAGCACAGCUAUUCCCCCUUUUCGCGGCUGCAUGACCCAGGUCAAAUUCAUAUCCCAUCAGUUUGACAUUCUCAGCUCUGCGUUUAAACAGUGCCAUGACACCAAGGAAGCCUGCAGCAGUGAGUUUGAGGCCGGUGAUGGGGAGGCGACCAGUUUCAGCACUCCUGAUUCCUUUGUUUCCUUCCCUACUUGGAGCGGGGCUAGUGGUGCUCCAAGGGCCUUGGAGUUCCUGAUGAAAACCACCAUUGAGGACGCGCUGCUCACUUUCCACCCUGGGCGAGACUCAGACUUUAUUGCUCUUGGUGUUGUAAAAGGUUUUCUCAAGGGUAUGCUGGACCUCGGCAAUGGCAUGGAGGUCCUGGAGAACAACCAAGUACAGCUGGAUGAUGAUCAGUGGCAUCGAGUGAAAGUGCAGAUCAGCCAGGAUUCUUUUGUCAUUAACAUAGACAGUCAGUCUUCUUCACUACCUCUAGACCCAACACAAAAGUUGGACUUGGUUGGGAACUUGUAUUUGGGAGGCAUCCAGGGGAAAAUGAAGGAUGUGUUUCGUGAGAGUGGGUCCUUAAGUCGUGUAGAGGAUGAAAUGACAGCUGAAUCCUUCAUUGGAUGCUUGGGGGAAAUCAAAGUAAACCAGAAGGACAGAAGCCUGCAGGAUGCUUUGGUGACCAAAGACGUUCAUGUCAAAUGCGAAGGAGAGGACUAUGACUACUCCAGUUACUAUGAUGAAGGAACAACGACUUCCCCUCCUGUUGUUUUUCGAUACAUUCCCAUAAACUUAGACGAACCUCAUUGCAACUCAACAGAUGACAUGCCACAGAUUUUCAAAAACGUACGAAAACUUCUUGAUGUCACCAUGUUGUUUGUGCCUGAAGCCGGGGAAGUUGUUCUUGACGUAAACCACCUGAAACCCACAUUUGACCUCAGUGCUGCAGGAAUGCGCCAAUCUGAUAUCAUCUUUACUCUUAAUAGCGAUCCCUCGUAUGGCUUGGUAGAUAUCAAUACAAGCACCAGACGCUUAAGGAAGUUCACUCUUCUAGACAUCGUCAACAAGAAAGUUAAGUAUAUGCACGAUGGAAACGACAGGCAGGGAGAUCAAAUCCUGCUAGAAGUGGUCGCAACCAGUAAUGGCUACCUUCCAGAGUGUUUGAGAACUCCUCACGAGUAUAUCCUACCAGUUGAAAUACUUCCAGGCAAUAUUUUGCCACCUCUUGGUGGUGGAGGAGAAAUCACAAUCACAGAAUAUGGCAGGACCCGUUUAACUCCCGCCCUUAUCAAAAUUGCAGAUUCCGACUCCCGCUGUGAUGAUUUAGUCAUAACUGUAACCUCGGAGCUUUCCACAGAAGAUGGUUAUUUGGAAAAUCAUCACCAUCCAGGAAGAAGCAUUUCAGAGUUCACUUGCAGAGAGCUGAAAGAGGGGAAUAUCUAUUUUGUACACAGGGGCGGUGAUCCUGCUGAAAUUACCUUCGAGGUAUCUGAUGGACAGUCAGUUAGUCAUUCAACAUCUCUCCAGCUAUCCGUGACACAGCCACAUAUGACUAUCGUCACCAACACCGGACUUCUCUUGUCUCAGGGAAGCAAUAUGUCCAUUGGUCUGCAACACCUGGCUGUCAUUGCGCACCCUCGCAAUGGGGAUGUUAUGUACAACGUCACGCAACCACUUAUGUUUGGAGAACUGCAAAAAAUGACAAGUGAGCGAACAUACAAGCGAGUCACGACUUUCCAUCAAUCUGAUCUUGACCAAGCUCGCCUCAGAUAUGUCAGCACAGACGCCAGUGAUCAGGAAGAUGUUGUAGUGGAGCGGAUUCAGUUUGAUAUCUAUCUGGGGCAGUUCUCCCUCAAGAAGAACACCUUUUUAGUCAAGAUCAUCCCUGCACAAGUCAAAGUUUCCAACAUGGUUGCUUUGGAGAUGCAGGCUGGUGAAGAGCAAACAAUUGGACUCUCAGAGCUUCAAGCAGAGGUAAAAGGCAAAAACGCAGCUCCAGAAACUGUGAAAUACAUCCUAGUUAGGCCUCCAACUCUUGGUAGUCUAAAAUUAUAUGACAGGGAGUUGAAAGAGGGUGACACUUUCACACAGAGGGAUAUUUUGGAUAACUCUGUAAGCUACAAGGUGCGUGUACAAAGAGCUGUUGAUAGCACUGACCAGUUCAAGUUCAGAGUCCUCGCAGAUGAUCAGUACUCUCCUCUUUACACUUUCCCCAUUAACAUCCUCACCGAUGAAGAUGCUCCAGCUUUGACCAAUGAGAAUCUGGUCGUCUUGCAGGGCGGUGAGGCAACUCUGAGCAAAGACUAUCUUUGGAUGCAGUCUUCGGGCUCUACAGAUUUUGUAUACACAGUCACACAACCACCAAAGCAUGGCCGACUAAUAAGGGAUUCCCCACCUGGACAGCCGAGAUUUGAGGGAGCAAUAAGAGUUUUCAGCAAUGAAGACCUUGAGCUUAACAGGCUUAUUUACAAGCAUGAUGGCUCCAAGACCAGCAGUGAUGAGUUCUACUUUUCAGUGUUAGAUCAAGGAGCAGACAGUCCAGACAAUCAGGCAACUCUGACAGAAGUUUUCAAAAUAACAAUCCAGUCCAAAAAUGAACAUGCACCAAUGAGGGUUGUGGAUAAAGUCUUCAAUAUUGUCCGUCACGGCCAGCGUCUUCUAACAACUGAUGUCAUCCAGUUCAAGGACGACGACUCAGAUUUCAAUGACACCCAAAUCGUCUACGCUCGAGAGGGAAUCCUUUCAGGCAACAUUGUCUCAACAUCCCCUCUUGCGCAGCCCUUGUUCCGUUUCACACAAGCCGACCUAAGAGAUAAGAAUGUCCUCUUUAUCCACCAUGGAGCAGACAGGGAAACUUUUUCAUUGCAGGUGUCAGAUGGCUUCCACAAGACCACCGCGCUGCUUCAGAUUCAGGCAGGUGAGCCCUACCUGCGAGUAGUCAACAACACAAUCAUUGUCAUCGACCAUGGAAGCACCAAGACCCUUAACACCACACUUCUGAGCGCUGACACCAACAUGGACAUCAGAGAUGACGGCGAGAUCAAGUUCCAGGUCACAUCACCACCAAGCGACGGCAGGAUUAUUGUGAGUGGGAUCGAGGCGUCGGCGUUCACCCAGGAGGACCUGAAAAAGGGAGUCGUGUCCUAUGAGCAUAAUUAUGAGAGUCUGAGGUCCAAGGACUCUUUUAGCUUCACCGUCCAAGCUAGAGGACACUCCGAAGAGGGCACGUUUAGGAUUAAAAUAUUCAAGCAAGGUUACCUGUCUGAGCCUGAGGUGAUAACCAAUGAGGUCAUCAUUUCCUAUGAGGGAGAGCACACCAUCAUCAACCAGGAUUAUCUCAAGGUGGAUCAAGCUGAUAUUCUGCCUACAGAAAUGGUGUUCACCAUCAAAACCCCCCCUAACCUGGGCCAUGUGGUAAAACUGACAAACAGCACAGACAGCCCGGCCUCGCCUGUCCUGAACUACAUUCACUCCUUCACCCAGGAGGACAUCGAUAAGGAGCGCAUUUUCUACGUGUCUGCAUCCAGCCAGGGCAAUGACGCCUUUACUGUGGAUGUCAGCAAUGGUUUUACCGCGGUGGAAGACCUCCAAAUCUCUGUGAACAUCAUGCCCCGGCUCAUCCCGGUCCAGACCUUCAACUUUACAGUGAAGGAAGGCCUCAGCAGGAUGAUUAACGAAGACAUUAUCAACAUCACGCACCCUUUCUACAGCUCAGCAAACGUGGAUUUUGUGGUUGAAGAGCCGCCACAACACGGGGACAUCCGCUACCUGGAUGGAGACGAACUAACUUACUUUACAUGGGAAGAGGUGAAACUUGGGCACAUCUACUACAUGCAUGACAGCACCGAGAGCACCGAGGACAGCUUUACACUCUCUGCCUCCAUUUAUGAGAUCGAGCGGCGGAGCCUCCCCGUCACCAUCUCAGUGACUGUCAUACCAGUCAACGAUGAGCCACCCAGACUGACACGCAACACGGGACUGGAGGUCCUAGCCGGGGAGGAAGCUGAUAUCACCUCCAGCAUGCUGAACACAGAAGACGCUGAUACGCCUGUAGAAGAGGUGGUCUACCACGUCGAGGUUCCGACCAGUGGGAGGGUGGCGUUGAAAGAGGCGCCUGAUGAGGAUAUCAUGAACUUCACACAGGCUCAGGUCAACAAAGGAGAAGUCAUUUUCAUUCAUGAGGGUGAGGACUCCGGAGGUUUCAGUUUCACCGUGACAGACGGCGAGCACACGACUCCUCUCUACAGAUUUGUCGUUACCGCCAGGCCUCUCACCAUCACCAUGGUAACUCAGGAGGAGCUCAUGGUAUUUCCAGGAACCAGGCAGCCCAUCACCAGUGCCAAUCUGGGGGCCGUAACCAAUGAGGAUGGAAAUGAGAUAAGCUACUCACUCAGACGCCCACCUCGUUUGGGGAGACUCAUCCUGGCCAAUGACAGGAACCAGUAUGAGGAAAUAACCAGCUUCACUCAAACACAGCUGGAGUCAGGAGCAGUUUACUACGAGCACCAGAUACCUGAGGAGCCUUUCUGGGUUGUUCGGGACUCCAUAGAGCUCACUCUGAAAUCCCAGCCAGCCCCAGAUGUUCGUCACAUCCUGCCCAUCACCGUCUCAUAUUACGCUGCUCACAGCAACAUCUCCUCACAGCUGUGGAAGAACAAAGGUCUGGAUAUGGUGCAAGGCCAGAGGAAAGUCAUCGAUGAUUCAAUUCUUGAUGCCUCCAACCUUUUGGCAAGCCUGCCUGAAGAUCAGCGUGGUGAUGUGGAUGUGGUUUUCGAGAUUAAGCGCUUCCCUGACCAUGGUCGUAUCACCCUGGGUGGUCAGGACCUGCCCCGUAAUGACCCCACCUUCAUGCAGGAGGAUGUUAUUCAAGGAAACAUUGAGUAUCUCCAUGAUGACUCAGGCGCUUCCUUUGACAGCUUUGCCUUCAGGGCUCGUCUGAAGUCUGAGAGUGGUACAGUGCCUUCACCUGCAGAGUCCGUGGUCCUUGAGGAGAUCUUUAACAUUUCAGUUAAACGUCGGGGUUCAGACCCUCCUGAACUGGUCACUACAGAAAUGCUUUUGGAGGUUCUUCAAGGCUCGAUGAUGAUCCUGACGAAGAAGCAUCUCAACACUCAAGAUGAGGACAGUCCACCAGAUGAGGUGCACUUCAAGGUGACAAAAGUACCCAAAAACGGUCAACUAGUUGACUCUUUCACAAUGAACCCAAUCUCUGAGUUCACACAGGAGAUGGUCAAUCAGGGUCAAGUGGGUUUCUACAGCGAUGGCACUCUGUCAGAUGGAUUUUUAGAGUUCAUCGUGUCAGAUGGAGAGCACCAAACAAAGCCGCACACGCUCCACAUUGGAGUUCUUGCUCGCACCCUGUUUUUGGACAAAGCCCCUGAGAUCAAGGUGAAUCAAGGUAAUGAUGAGACCCUGGUAACUGAGGAGAUGUUGAAAGCGACUACCGGAGGACCAGUUGAGGAGGACAUCCUUUACAAGAUCACAAGUAUUCCCAAGUACGCAGCUGUCAUGGUGGACCGGCAGCCUACAUCUGCCUUCACCCAGAAACAAAUCAAAGAAGGCAGAGUCAGUGUCCGAUUUGUCAAGUCCACUUCACCUCGAGACAGUGUUGCAUUUGUUGCCCGCAGUCGUGCUGCUAACGUCUCUUCUGUGCUGAACAUCACAGUUCAGCCUCUGGCUAAUAUUGCCCAGGAUCCCCUUCUACCCCAGGGGGCUCUUGUCCAACUGGACAGGAAGCUUCUAGAUGCAUCUCCUCUUGCGAAUAAGACCAAAACCUCCCCAACAUUCACCGUCAUCCAACAGCCUAGGGGAGCUCGUUUUGUUAGGUCUGGAGGUCCUGGUGCAGGUCAGCCAGUUGGUACAUUCAGCCAGAAAGACCUAGACGAUGGGCGGGUAGCUAUGGAAAUCCUAGACAGCUCUUCAGGAUCACAAGGUGGUGUCUCUCCGGAUGAGGCUCGCUUCUUGCUUAAAGCCCACGGAGUUCCUCCAGCAGAAUGUGUCCUUUCCUUCCAAACAGGCCCCUACAAUGCCUCUGGUAUCUACCCUGCCACCCUGCUCAGGAUUCCAUCAACAGGCCCGUCAAAGGAUAAUGACCUCGCAGUCGGUAGAUCUCCUGUAACCACUCCGGGCACGACAACAUCCUCUGGCUCCGGCUCCCACGGGAGACCACAUGUUUCCCGGCGCAGUAACUUCUGGUCUAUUCUAAUUCCAAUCCUUGUAAUCCUCCUCCUCCUGCUGCUGGCAGCCGUCUUGGCCUACUACCUAAUCCGUAAAAACAAGACCGGCAAGCAUGACGUCCAGGCAGCAGUGUCAAAGCCGAAAAACGGAGAGGUGGCCGGCACAGAGACUUUCCGUAAAACUGACCCAGCUAAUAACAUCCCCAUGUCUAACAUGGACUCCAAAGAUGCUGACCCGGAGUUGUUGCAGCACUGUCGGACAACGAAUCCGGCCUUGAAAAAGAACCAGUACUGGGUCUGAGACACUUUGACGUGUGGACACAGAGGGAGGUGGAUCCUCCAGUGUUUGCAGUCCUCCUCACAUCAUUCCUCUCAGUAUUAAAGACCUCUUGCCACGCUAGUUAAAAAGAAAAUUCUUCUUUGACACCAUUGGUUAUUUACUUAUCUCAACUUAACUGUGGACAAAUUCUCAGGCAAUGAAACACUGAAUACUUAAUGGCAAAGAAAGAGGUAGUUUCUUUUCUUAGGAGUCUUGUGCCGUGUCUAUUUAUUUUAGUUUUAUCAUUCCUCUUUGUCAACGGGCACAAAUGAAGACAUAAACAUGCCACGUGUUUGCAACAAGUAUUUUUUGAUGUGCCCUGUCAUUGUAUUCCUUAUAUCAUAGGCCCAUAUUAUUCAGCUCAUUGGAUAGAUAAUUUAAAGUCUUUGUGAUAGUUAAUUUGAUUUUUUGUUCAUCAGGAUAGUUGUUAAGCCUUGUACAUAGAUGAAUGGGUUAAGUGUAUGCUGUAUUAUCGAAAAGACUGAAACUUCUUUACUUUUUACUGUUGUUUUUAAGGUGCCAUUGUAUUGUGUUCCUCAGGGCUAAAUUCAGUUAAAAUGAUUAGUACAACAUUUUUGGAAAACAAACUAAUUAAGUUGCCUCAAAUACUGCUUAGAAGAUUGAUACCACUCACAUGAAGACGUUAGCUUUGUUUAGCUUGGCUUAACUAGAUAUUUGACAAGAGGAAACACCUUAAUUGGGUUUGUCUUAAUAUGAAAAAUAUCCCAUGAAGCUCACUGAUUUAUACAUUAUUUAUAUUUGUAUAUUUGUGGUUUUAGGGGGGGGGCCUUAUGGACAAGCCUGUUUUUUUUUUUCAGUGUGCAUUUGUUUCCUUUAACUAUCCCACUAAAACAAGCUGACUGUUUCCCUUGUAUUCAGCUAUUCAAUGCUAAGCUAAUGACUUUAUGUGUAAAGGUGUAAUAUGCAGCAUCUGAAACAGUAGAAGUCCCACUUUAGCACCAUUCUAUCCGACCAAAACUGUACCUCUGGGUACCUGUACCCCUCUUCCCUAACCCCUUCCUAAGUAUUACAAGUGCUGACACCCUCCAGUCAAUUGGUUGAUUGGUCGGACAUUGUGCAUCUGGCCAAAAUCUUGUUUGGUCUGACAAUCACAGGGAGACUGAGUUAGCAAGACAGAAAGAAUGUGCUGUGGUGAACAAUAAAGUUGUAGGAAAAGGAGAAAAAGCCAGUAGUUGCUUAAGAGGCACUAAUAGAGAGAAAUUAAACUUUGUUUUCUGAUUGUUUACUAGCGGUUGCACUUUAUAGUACUUGGAAAUACGUCAAGUAGGGUGCAGGAUUUUGUUUGUAUGAAGGUAUUUUACUUACGUGUUGGGAAAUGCAUUUCUGUUAGUCCUUUUAACAUCUCAUUAAAACGCCCAUGUAAAUGUUAGUGUACGUUACAGAUAGAGAGCAGAGGAGAGAGAUAGCAAUGUGACCUGAAAGUCUUAAUUUACUGAUUGACCUGCAGAAUUAUUUUCACUUCACCACAAUUGACUAUUUUCAUGCCAUCUUGGCAGUAUUAUGUUUGAAGUUACAGUGUGGGAUGAGUCAAAUCAGUCCUGUUAAUUGGUGGAUCUGUCAUUAUAAAAUAAGCUACAUUGCUUAGCCCAUUCAGGGUCGCUGGGGGCUGGAGCCCAUCCAAGCUGUCAUUGGCAAGAGACGGGGUACACCCUGGACUGCUCCCUAGUCAGUUAUAGUUUGGUAUGGCAUGGUAUGCGUUUUUUGAAGUGUCCAUUAUCAAAAGUUGGAAAGGGUCCCAAUUAACCGGUUGAUUUCUAUUCUAAUAUGCAGGCAACAGUUCCUGUUUUCUUUUAAUUAUUCUUACACAAAACAUAGUCUUCACUCAAGAGACUUUCCAAUCUACUGACACUUUCCUCUAGUAAGAAAGGCUGUCAUUCCUCACCCAGAUGAUGGCAGGGCUAAGAGGGAAGAGCCUACAUGAACAUGUAUAAAAUAUGAAUGACCCACUGAGUAUUAAAGAAACAAAGUGAAUGGAACAGUGUCCUAUCAGUGUGAUCAAAGAGCUGAGAAGAACAAACCAUGAGGGAGUUUGAUUGUAUUUAGUUGGGAUAUUAUGUUGCAUAUUACACCUUUAAGAGAGAUAUCAAUUAUCUAAUCUUACUCUUCUAAAAAGAGCUAAUAAGCUGAGUUCUCUAAAUGUUUUAUUGUCACUACACUCUUUGACUUUACUGCAGAAAGAGGAGGAUUAAUUACUGAAAAUGGUUAUUUAGGAAAUACUUGCAGCAGGAAAUUGAAUUUAGCUCAGAGUCAUGUCAUCAUUCAUCAUAUGUUAUUCUGCAUGCUUCCAAUUCACUUGUAAAUAUUCACUGGACUGGCACAGCACUGACCACAAAACUUUACAGUAGACCACAGGCAGGGCGUUACUGAGGUCCUAAAGGUCUUAACGCAUCCAUAUUAGCUGACAGGCAGCAUCUCAAACUGGGAUGGUUCCAGUUUCCAAGUCUGCAAUGAAGAAUUCAUAAAAACAUGUCGGUGCUGGGGGAUAAAAACAUAAAAUGCUCCACUAGUUGGCUGGUUAAAUUGGAGACAUUAACAAAGCUAUUUCUGUUUUAAUCAUUCCAUUUGUAAGCUGAAUGAAUGAACUGUCAUAUAUUGAAAACCUAUAUUUGUUUUUCUUUGACUCAAUAUUUGUUUUGUAUGUUGUAACGAAGAAUAGCCUUGCUGUAAAUCAAACUCCUCAUUAUCUGGUUUUUGAAUGAGGAAUAGAGAUUUUUCUUUCUAAUAUUUUUGAUACCAAUACAUUCAAAAAAAGAUGUCAUCAACUAUUUUUGUUCAUACAUGUUCGUCCAUUUGCUGUACAUUUCCUUUACUCACUCUGUACGCAGAUGACACCUUAUUCUCUCUUUGUCAUGUACUGAUUAUUGAUUCCUUCACAGUACUCAUUUUCUAUAGAGGUUAUAUUCUUUUAUGUGGAGAGUUGGAGAUGGUAUAUUUCCUGAUGCUGUGUAUUUCUAACAAUAUCUAAAAAAAUUAAAAGUAACAGUUACUCUUUCAGGAUAGCAUUACCACAUCUACUGGUUAAAUGUGUAAAUAUUGUUUUAAGUGUGGUUUUUGCUCAUGAUUAACAUCUUGAAAUCUAUAUAUACCGUGCUUCAUGAAAGAAACAUGAACAUGUUAACUGCAUUAGAAACCAUGCUUGAUUGUGUCUGAGUGUGUUUGUGCAGAUAUCCAACACUCCUGUCCGUUUUUUGCUUCCUGAGGGCUAAAUUUAAUAGAUUUCAUCACCACCCCUCAUUAUUCAUUAUUUAUUAUUUCUGUCAUCCCCAAAAACAUCAAUUCAUAUGCCAUGUUUUUUUUUCUUGCCUUGUCAGAGAUCGAAAAGGAAAUAUGUUCACUGCAGGUGCCUUUAAAAAAAAUAAUGAUUAUACAAAGCAACGUUUAGACUCCUGUUCUCGGCACUAAUGGAAAUAAAAAGAGCU